AUGGAUGAGGAACCCAAUGCUAAUAAUACACAGAUUGUUCCUGAAAUGGAAACUGUGGAGGAUCAACCACCACCUGUUGAUGUCAUUCAUGAAGAUACUAAAGAUCAUUUCCAAACUGGCUUGACGUGGAAAACCAAAGAAGAAGUUGUUAAAUGGGUUGAGGAACAUGCUUGGAAAAUCAAUUGCGUCAUAGUUAAAGGUAGACAAAAAACAUAUAAGACUAAAACAAGGAAGAUAAAUUGUCCUUUCAAGAUCGUCUUAAAGUGGAACAUAAAUGAAAAAGUUUUCAAAAUGAAUGAAGAUAUGGAUUGCCGUCAUAACCACCCACGUCCAAAGGAUCUUCAUGGACAUUAUAGAGCCGGAAGACUAAAAGCUCAUGAAUAUGCGGAGGUAGAUAAAAUGACACGAGUAUGUAUGGCACCCUUUAAAAUUCUUAGCAAGUUGAAGGCGGAUGAUAAGAAUAACAAGACUACGUUGCAACAAAUCUAUAACGCGAGAAGUACUUUGAGAAGAAAGGAUUUGCAAGGUAGGUUGGUGAUGCAACAAUUAUUGUGGUUGGCGCAAAAGAAGAACUAUGCUUGCCAAAAGAAAUUGGAUGAAUUUGGCCAUGUGACACACCUUUUUAUUGCCCUUCCGGAAUGCGUAAAGUUGGCGUUAUGCUUCCCACAAGUUCUCGUAUUGGAUUGCACUUACAAGACCAAUAAGUAUGAGAUGCCCCUGAUGAACGUUGUUGGUCAUACGUUACAGUGUAAGGUUCGGCUUAUACGUGUUAAACACUUAUAA